AUGGAGUCCUUCCAAUCCCCACUCGACGAGAUCAAGCACCUCCAAGAACGGCUCGAACAGUUUAAGCGUAGAGACGAUGAGUGGGAGGGUAUCGUUGACCUUUUGGAUGAUAAGAUUCGAUGGCUUCAUUUCAAUCUUCAUAAGGAGAAGGGGGACAAGAUGAGAUUGGAAUCGGAGCUCAUAGCGGUGAAGCGUGCCCUCGGACCGUCUGCUCUUACCCUGCUACAGGAGCGGUUGAACACUCCGGUGAUACGUCUUCCGGAGCUUCCUGCGUAUCCCUCUGGUCCUAGCGGUAUCACGGUUACGCAUACAACCCCGACAGUCGUCAACGGUUCCCGUGUCGUCUCUCGAAUUAUGCCUCCUCCGGAGAUGGUCAAUCCUCGCGUGCCGCCGCAGAGCCAACCUGUGGCACCAGCACAGACUCGCCACAGCCUCCCUCCUAACCUUUUCGUACCACACACCCCUCGAGCUCCUCACACCCCAACCCCUCCAGUUCAACGUGCCGAGACGGGAAUACGACCUAUCGCACCAUCUCAAGCUGUUACUACGCCGUCUUUCCAAGUCGGACCGCCGCCGCCUCCCGUUAGAGCCCUCACUGUGUCUCAAUCAGGACCUCAACGUCUCCCGCCGGUUCUAAUUCAGCCUGCGCCUCCUCAGAUUAUGCCCGCUCCUCCUCUUCAAGUCAGACCCAUUCAGGUCGUUCAAGUGCAACCUCUCCAAUUGCAGACCCCGGACAAUCGGACUAUGCUGCUUCCAGACCAAAAACGCCCAGUAAUCCCUAUCCAGUCUCAUCCUCCCGGGAGGUUUAGGACGCCUCCCCAUGGUCCCCCUGCGACUACACCGGGACUUUUGAAUAUAACAAGGGUCAGUGGUCCGACACUCUCAGCACCUGCUUUCCGUCUCAGACGUAGCCCACCCAUCGCCUUCAGAACGGCGCAAGCUGUCUCAAGAACGAUCAAUGACGCGGUCACCAGUCUCUCCUACCCCUCGACCGAUGGAGGCGUUAUUACCGCCCCGACCAGCGACAUCGUCUGGAUCUUCGUCCUCCGAAGGUAUUUCCACUCGAAGUAA